CUUGUGGAAAUGUUUAUCCAUGUUUUAUGUGUGUGUAAUUGAAUUUAAUUCCGCUCUAAUAAACAGUUUUAUUUCCAGGAUCUCACACCAGCAGUGUGUUAGGAUUCCUAUAACAGGAGUUGAAAAUGAACUGUGGCCUGCUGACAAACAAGAAUGAGCCAGCAUGAUUGAAAUGUGGAGAUGUAUACCCAGGACACACAAACCAUAAACCAUGAUCUCUCCUGCGCACUGAAGCGUCAUGGAACCAGUGCAGCAGCAAAGUGAUUGAGGGCAUUUGUUGUGAUUGGGGAUUUCCAAAGGGUAUUUCUGAUCUGCCUGAGUGCAUCAUGGCAGCAAACUGGCCCAAAACACUGAUUUUCCUUCAAAAUAUGCCCCAAACAUCACAAGUUCCCCUGAAGCACAUUGAGGUGGAUCUGCAGGUUCAAGGGCAUGUAGCAACAGUGACCUCCACCCUGCACUAUGUAAAUGAGGAAAAGCAACCCCUGGAGGCUGUGUUUGUCUUCCCCAUGCCUUCAGGAGCUGCUGUCUGUCAAUUCAGUGCCAAGAUUGCAGACCAGGAGAUAGUGGCUGAGGUUCAGGAGAAACAGGAGGCGCGAGAGCAGUAUGAUGAUGCCCUGAGUUCAGGUCAGCAGGCUUUUCUGCUGGAGGAGAGUAAGGAGUCUGUGGACGUGUUCAAGCUGAGUGUGGGCUCUCUGCCCCCAGGCCAGAGUGCCACCAUCACCUUCACCUUCAUCACUGAGCUGAGUGUGCAGGCUGACCAUUCACUGCAAUUCUGCCUGCCAGCAGUGCUCAACCCCCGCUAUACACCAGCAGGUACAGGUGGUGGUAUAGUAUCAGAGAUAACAUCAAGUUCCACUGGCAUUCCCUACUCUCUCUCUUUUACUGCACACAUAAACUCGCCAAACCCCAUCAUGAAAGUGGAGUCCAAAUGUGCUCUCGAGCCUCUGAUGUUCCUCAACACAGACCACACAAAGGCAAAGAUAAGCCUUUGUGCAGGUCAUAAGUUUGACCAGGAUGUCGAGCUGUAUCUAUAUUAUCAGAAUCCCCAUCAGCUAACUGCUUUAGUGGAAUCUGGAGCUCCCACGGCACAGCCAGGGACUCUCAUGGGAGACCCUGUGGUCUUGGUCAGUUUCUAUCCAGAGUUUCCUGAGUCAGUGAUGUCCUCUAUGUCGUCUUGUGGUGAGUUUGUGUUUCUUAUGGACAGAUCUGGCAGUAUGAGCUGCGACAUCCAUAACGGACCACGUGCACAAGGACGCAUGGAGUGUGCCAGGGACACUCUGCUCCUGCUGCUGAAGAGUCUCCCCAUGGGCUGUUACUUCAACAUCUAUGGCUUUGGCUCUCACUAUGAGUCCUUCUUCCCGAAAAGUGUCCAGUACAGUCAGGACACUAUGGAGCAAGCUGUGAAGAAAGUAAAGGAGAUGCAAGCAGACAUGGGGGGCACAGAGAUUCUGCGACCUCUGGAACACAUUUACAAACAGCCGUGCAUCCCCAACCACCCAAGACAGUUGUUCAUAUUCACAGAUGGUGAAGUAGGAAACACCAAAGAUGUUCUUCACUCUGUGAGAAGCAAUGCUGAUUUCCACAGAUGCUUCUCAUUUGGGAUUGGUGAAGGUGCAAGUUCUGCACUCAUCACAGGACUGGCUGAGAAUUGCUCUGGCCACGCCCAGUUCAUCACAGGAACUGACCGCAUGCAGGCCAAAGUAAUGCAGUCUCUCCGUUAUGCUUUACAACCAGCAGUGAUUGAUAUCACUGAGGAUUGGACUGGUGUGUCUUUCACCCGUCUGAGCCCCCCGAUUAAUUCACUUUUCCAUGGUCAGAGAGCACUGAUUUAUGCCCAGUUGAAAAGAGAGGAAUGUCAAAACCCAGAUGCUAAGGGGAAAAUAUCAGUGCGAUACCAUCUUGGAGAUCAAGAGGUUGCAAACACUGUCCAUUUCUCCCUGAAGCCUUCUGAGAAUAGCGGACUAGCCAUCCACAGGCUGGGUGCUCGCUCUCUGAUCCGCUCUCUGGAAAGGGACGAGCAGGAUGAUGGAGCUGAUAAAGAGGCUCUGAAGGCCAGGGUGGUGGAUCUGAGUCAGCAGUCUGGAGUGAGCAGCUCACACACAGCCUUCAUAGCUAUCAAUAAAGGCAGCGGACAAGCUGUGAAAGGACCGAUGGUGAAGAGGAGAAUUCCUAUCGCCAAGAUGGGGAGGAGCAAGAUUGCAGUGUUGUCAUGUGCAUCUGCAUCAAUACCUACCUUGAGGGCAUCUGCAUCUGCAUCAAGACCUACCUCCGCUUAUCCUGUUCUAGGGAGUUGCAUUCAAGGCAGCCUAUCCCAGCUGUUCAUGGGCAAGAGGCAGUUGGACACCCUGGACAAGUCGCCAGAUGAAAGUUUUGACAUGAACCGAGAUAAUGCUGUAAAGAUCAGCAGUAGAGCAAAACCCCACUUAUAUACUGAAAUCACAGAGACUCCAAAGGACCCAUUGUUGCAGCUUGUCUCCCUCCAGAAGGCUUCUGGUUGUUGGGAAAUGGAGUCUACAUUGGCCCAGGUGUUUGGGAAGACAGAAAAAGAGCUGAUCAAGCAGAUUCCUGCGCAGGUGAAGCCAGAUGUCUGGGCUACACUUCUGGCUCUGAUUUGGUUACAUGGCUUUAAGAUCGAUGCACAAGUUGAGUGGCAGUUUUUGGCCAUGAAAGCAGUGGCAUGGAUCCGCACUCAGAAAGUUUCAGUGGUCAACAAGUCAGAGUGUGUACGGGUAGGAAACGCUCUGCUGGGCUGUCAGGUUAAAGAAGACACUCUUGGGUUCUGAAAACUUUACCCUCUUACAGCAUCCCCACAAAAGCCUUGGCAUCAUUUCUCUUUUCUACAAGUUACUUUCAUUAGCAUGCUUUUAUGUACAAGAUAACGUUGUCAGUUAAAUUAAUAGUAUGACCAUAAAACUCUGUAAACUUAAAUUAAGAAUUCAACAAGUUCAGUGAGUCACAGGUUUAAUUCAGUCAUUGCUUGCUAAGAAUUAAUGUUCAGGUGUAUAAAGGGUAUUUUGAGGUUGUUGUUGUUGCUGUUGUUGUUUUAGUGGCUAUAUUAAUAAACUGGUCAAUAUGUUCCAACCACUAAAAUCACAGGUUUUAAUCACCUACCAAUCCCCAUGCAUCAGUCCAUGAAUUGUUUACUAACUGUGUUGUAAGAGAUGCAAUCUGUCAGAGAAUCCAGCAGAAGACUGAUUGAUCAUUUUAUCGAGCAUUUUCACACCAUCAGAAUAAAGGAUUUCUCUUUUCCAAUGGGGAGAUGCUUCAGCAUAGACAACAUUAAUGAUAACUCUGUUUGUGUUGCUAGUUGUUGUUAUAGGAGCCAUAAAGUGAGGAAAUGUAGGACUUUUUGUCUGAAAUGUCUUGUUUCCCUAGACACAUUGUAUUUUGUUUGGCUUUUACGAUUUAACAAUUAUUUGCCGAAGGCAAAGUGAAUAUCAGCGAAUAAAAACCGAGACGAAGUCGAGGUUAUUAUUCACUGAUAUUCACUAAGCCUGAGGCGGAUAAUUGUUUUAGUAUAAAUACAUUGAUGAUUAUUUUAAAAAUAAAUAUAUUGUAUUUUUAAAAAAUCACUUAUUUCAAAUUUCAAAAGCAGCAUGCAAAUGUAAUGCGCACAGGCUUGUGUCACUUAUGCGUGCCACAUAAAAUGCUUUGUUUUGAAAUUGAUGAAAUAAAUCACAAUUCCACUUUAUCUUUGAAUUGUUUUAAACCAAACUUCGUAGCAUCUUCUGUAAUUUUAGGAACAGCAUUUUCUUUCAUAAUUUGUAAUUCUUCCUCACUUACAGUGACAAAGCAACUGGCCACCAUUUUGUUGAAUCACUCGAGCUGAUUGUCGAAGUCUAAGGCUACGUUUACACUAGACCGUAUCUGUCUCGUUUUCUUCGCGGAUGCACUGUCCGUUUACAUUAACCCCCCUGAAAAAGCGGGGAAACGGGAAUCCGCCAGCGUCCACGUAUUCAAUCUAGAUCGUAUCAGCUCCGGUGCUGUGUAAACAUUGAGAAUACGCAGAUACGCUGUGCUGAGCUCUAGCUGGCGUCUCAUUGGACAACGUCUGUGACAUCCACCUUCCUGAUUCGCUGGCGUUGGUCAUGUGACGCGACUGCUGAAAAACGGCGCAGACUUCCGCCUUGUAUCACCUUUCAUUAAAGAGUAUAAAAGUAUGAAAAUACUGCAAAUACUGAUGCAAAUACUGCCCAUUGUGUAGUUAUGAUGGUCUUUAGGCUUGCCAUCCUUCCACUUGCAAGUAAUAAGUGAUCUGCGCUGGGAUCUCACACACAGCGGCUCAGUCCCGAAUCGUGGCUUGUUCACUUCACUCGCGCGCUCUGUGAGCUGCGCAGGGCCGGAGUGCGCACCCUCCAGAGGGCACUCGCUGUUCAGGGCGGAGUGAUUUGGAGCGCAGGAUGCCUGCGGAGCCGAGCGUAUCCGCGUAUUGGUGUUGCUGUGUGCACGGCUAACGGUUUUAGUGUCAACGCGAAUCGUUUUAAGAACGUUAAUCUGAUGAUCCGCUGAUUCGACGUAAUGUAAACGUAGCCUAAAUCUCUCGACCAAUCAGCGCACGUGAUAUCCUAUAAUCACCUCCGUAUUUAGACAUAAAUACUUUUAUUAUAUCUGUCAGCUAAAUUAUUUUUGCUUUAUUUUAAUCUCACACAUGAAAGUGUUAAUUGAGACCUCAUUUAUAACUUGCUGAUGCAUCCUUUUAGUUGGUAAUCAAGCUAAUAAAACUCAUCUAUGCAA